AUGGCGCUUUCGAAAACAGAAAAGACAAUUACUGCUUGUAGUAAUCUUCAGAUUUCUUCCAUUUCCCGAGAAUGGGCAGAAGAUGCUUGGAAUUCUGAAUUUUGCGAGUCUCAAGGGUUUCCAGAGGUCAUGGAAAACUGCAUGAUUGACCGUGGAUACUUUGUACGGGAAUUGAAAGAGCUGUUGUUGAUUUCAAAGCAGUGGACAACUUCUGUGAGCCAAGACGCUUUAAAUGAAGGCUUAUGGAAAGUUCUUUCAGACAACAAUUUUUCACACAAAGUCUUGAUUUCUUUGCUCCACUCAUUUAUUGAAUCGUGUGACAAGGGAGUGGAGCAUACAAAGUUUUCCAUCCUUUAUUAUUCCAGAAAGCUUUGGAUGUGUUGCGUCUUUGGCCUCACAGAGGGUCUGAGGGUCAUUUGCUCACCUCUUCAUGGCGAUGUUGGAACAAUCACUCACACUGUUUUUGAACACUUAAUCUCAAAUGUUCUUAUGGUGUUUGGUGGAGCAAUUGCCAGUAAUGGAACCAUAUCGAGAAAUGUCCAGAACAUCAAGGAUCAAGCUGUUGCAUUUAUCUGCUAUCUAGCAAGGAAAGAGACCAAAGAGGUGCUGUGUUCUGUAGAAGUUCUUGUUCAAAAUAUCUUUACCAGUUGCCCUGAACGUGCAGAGUAUAGAAUUACCGUGGCAAAGGCAGUAGUUGAUAUCAUGAAAAUUUUACCAGUUAAUCAGUAUGCCAGUCUUAUAGAAUGGAUUGACAUGUACUCCAAAAAUGACAAGAUAAGUUACAGGAUAUUUGCUUUGGAUGUGUUUUCACUUCUACUAGUUGAACCGGAGAGGAUUCUACCAGAUGAAAAUUUACAAGAUGAUGACAAGAAAAAACUUCUCUGCAAGAAAUAUCUGUUGGACAUCAUCAUAGCCAGGUGUUCUGACAGGGCACCAAUGGUGCGUGCCAAAGCUCUGCAGUACUUUGCUCAGUGUGCAACAUUAGAAAACAGUGCAUUAGUGUUGAGAGUAAAAGAAGCACUUCAUGAACCACUGGAGAGUCCAGCAGAGGGGACACCAACAUUAAACAGACAAGCAAAUAGUAAGCAAACAGAGACCAGGAACAUUGGUGUGAUUAUAAGAAAAAGAACGCGUGAUGAGAAAGUUGGAGUUCGCAAGGCUGCUCUGCAGGCUCUAGAAAGUGUAAUCACCCUUAAUCUGGAUUCCUUGGAGAGAGUGGAUGUGUUGACUCUCCAUGAUUGCUGUAUGGAUCCAGCACUUUCUGUCAGAAGACAAGCUAUGGUAUCACUAACCUCCCUCUUACAAGAGAGGCCCAAGUGUACAAUGGUACACAGUUUGUGGCUGGAAGGAGUGUUGCCACUUGUUAUGGACAGAGAAACUACUGCACAAGAAAAAUGUUUUCAAAUACUGGAGGAAGUGCUUCUACACAAUAUUGUUCCUCUCUCAAAAUCAACAGGAACAUAUCACACUCUUGCUUGGGACCUGCUUGAUAUUGUUGCCAGCCCAUCAGGACAAGAAGUCAGACGUUAUCUUCACAGUGCAUUUCAACACUGGUCAAAACAGACCCAAAACAAACUCUCUGGAAACCUGGUCAAAUCACUUAUAUCUCACAUUGAUACUGAGCAUAGUAAGGCAGCAUGGCUUUGCUUGGCAGCAAUUGGUUCAUCAUCAAACAAACUUGACCAUACCUUUGUUGUGAAAAGUUGGGAUGAGUAUUCGAAAGGAGUAAAAGAUUAUGACAUAGAGACAUUAUGCAGAAUCCUGGCAGUGUUGGGAAGCUCUGCUUCCUUUCUUCCCUCCACAGUCACUAGUACCCUAACAGCUGAUCUGCAGCGGAAGCUUAUCACAUUUGAGUGCCCACCUGAAGUCAUUGAUGCUAUUGUAGCCACCCUAUGCAAGCUCAAUAAAGGAAAACUGCCAGAGGAAAGAGGAAAGAGUGAUCAUUGGUGUUCUGAUCUGCUGAAAGCAUCAGAGGAAUUUCUUUCCAGUGUAACAUUAAAACAGGAUUGUAUUGAUGAGGAGCGUCUUAUGCGGCAUUUGUUUACUGUUGGAGCUGUAGCCCAGCUAACACCGACCAAGACAACGGAGCGACUGUUUAUGUUUGUGGAAUCCAUGCUGAUUUCUCAUGGCAAUAAUCAAGAUCCUCUUCAAAAACUAAAUCUAUCACCACCUGUAAAGGCUCAUGUAUUUGUGACUCUGGGAAAACUGUGUCUUCAGAAUGAAGAUUUGGCCAAACAGUGCAUUGCUACUCUUGCAAGGGAGUUAGAAACUUCUGAUGACCCAGCAAUUAGGAAUAAUGUUACAGUGGUGAUGUGUGACUUGUGUGUGAGAUUUACCAGCCUUGUUGAUCGGUAUGUUCCAAAUAUAGCUGUUUGUCUGAAAGACAGCUCAUCACUCGUGAGGAGACAGACACUGACUGUGUUAACCCACUUACUUCAGGAGGACUUUGUCAAAUGGAAAGGUGCCUUGUUUUACCGCUUCAUCACAACAAUUGUUGACGAAGACGUAGAGAUAAGGAAAUUUGCUGAAUUUUGCCUUGUUCACCUACUUUUGAGCAGACAUCCAGGCAUGCUUUUCCAGCAUUUUGUGGAGUGUGUGUUCCACUUUAACUCCUUUGAAAAACACCAAGUAUAUAACAAGUUCCCACAGACAGACACGGAGAAGAAACUGUUUUCUCUUAAAGGAUAUCAAAAUUCAGGGAAACGCUAUACAAUUUAUCAAUUUAUGCUGUCCCACAUGAGCGAUGAAGGCCGAUUCAACCUCACUGGAAAGCUUUGUCAAGAGGUACUGGGUGGUUUUACUGAUGGUGAUAUUACCUUGGAUUCAGAUUCAGCUUCUGUCCUCAAAGAUGCUCUUUUAAUUUUGAGCAGCAAGAACAUUAAACUGUCCUCAAUGAAAGCUAAAGCAGCUGAAGAUCUUGCUGAUGAGGGGGAUGUGGCAGGAGCUGCUAUAGUUGAAGCCAGGAACAAAUUUCUCACCCAGGUUCUAAAGAAGAACAUGAUUGAGAAUAUUAUACCCAUCAUCAUUGAGCUUAAACACAUGGUCAACACAAGACAGCCUGGUUCAGAUGGAAACACUCCUCAAGCAGCAGACUUCAUUGCUCCUCAGCUGCGAAGUGCAACACCCUCACCUAAAAAUGGAUCCAACAGGCCUAACAUCACACCUCUUACUGGUGCUAUAAACCAGCUGCAGAUCAAUCGACGACACACCCUGGCUUCUAACCCCAGUCUGAUAAACAAUGCUCUCAAAUCCAACCUUACUGUUCAGAUCAGUCCGCUGCAAGCAAAGCGCCGAUAUACCCUCUCCACUGCAGCUAUUUUAAAUUCUGCUCGCAAAGCUGUGGAUCAAGCUCAUAAGGUUGCAGAACAACAAAAAAGGAGGAGUAUCAGCUCAAUGGGUAGUCCUCAUGAGAAUAGUGCUGUUACAGAUGCACCAGAGCAGCGCACACCUCUUAAGCCCACUAAUUCCAGGGCCUUUUACAGGGAGAAUGAAGAGCGUGCAGCCAGCACUCCAGAAGGUGAACAAAGUCAUUUAUCAAGGAUUUCAUUUUGUGUGAACACAAGUGCGACUGCACCACCACCAUCUCCCAUACCAACAUCAUUACCAAUCCGAGUAUAUGCACAAGGCAAAGUUGCCCCACCCAGCUGGAUAGAAGGCAAGGUUGAUGAAGGUAAUGAUGGAGAUGAAGAAGAAAAGGAACAGCAGAUUAUCUGUUUGAUGUCACCUGAGCAAAAGUAA